AUGGGAAAAGAGCAGUUCCGAGCUCGUACCGGGUGCCUGACGUGUCGGGACAGGCAUAUCAAAUGCGACGAAACAUUGCCCAGGUGUAGAAACUGCUGCAAAUCCAAUCGGGUCUGUGAGAGAGGGAUCCGUCUGAAUUUCAUCGACAUCCAGACAUGCACGUCACAGUCCGGUCUCAUAGAUCUGCCUCCAGGCACUAAGCUCAAGUUCCACGACGAGUCGCGAGCCAUCGCGUCAGGGUACGCUGUUGACCCACAGAAGGAAAAACAUGUCCACACCUCGCACACGGAGCCUAAACAGCAGACAGGCCUAUCCCAAGCGAGCUUACCCAAAGAUGGCCCGAUUCUGCCCGUGAGGGUAGCGUCUUGUGCAGAGCAGACCGCGCUAGUCCCAGCACAGUGCAGCGCCUUGCCCUCGUUGCAGGUCAUUACCAACCAUGAUGAGGGUCUUCUGAUAGAGAUAUUUCUUGGCAAGGUGGCGCCUUGGAUGGACUGCCUGGUUGCGAGCAAACCCUUUACCAAUAUCACGCCCUUUUACGCUCUAAGUCAACCCGCACUUUUCAACACGGUAAUGGCUUGCGGGGAGAGAUAUUUGAUGCCUGACGAGGAAUCAAUUUACUAUGAAAAGGCAUGCCAGGGUAUUGAGCUCGAGGUAGCCAAGCCCAAUGCCGAUCAUCUCCUGUGUGUCACCAUCUCAGCCUUACUACAUGCAUAUGAAAUUAUGGGUGACGGAGCCAACAACAAAAAGAGCCACUCGGAUCGCAUACAGGCGUUGAUUGGACACGCCGACCUCAGCGGCAGAAAUUCACGUCUGGCUGGUGCCUGCUUCUGGGCAUACAACCUCAAUUCGGUAUUAGAUAGUCUCGCCCACAACUCGAGGCUGACUUGCGAUGCCGACAAAAUGGACAUGGCACUGAACGCGGUCCAAGGUACGGGUAGUACUAACAACGGUAUACUUUGCUGCGACGAAGACGUAUGGGCUUACCGAAUGCUGUCGAUAUGUGCGAAGGUUGCCGCACUUCAUACAGAGGUAGCACACGGCAUAUAUGACGAUUCGAUGGAUCGUCUCAGCCAGGACCGUGAGCAGUACAAGGGCUGGUGCGACGAUUGGGCCAGUAACGUGCCGAGAUCGAUGAUGCCGCUGUGCUACAUCCCACCUCCAGACGAAGAUUCAAAAUCAGAAACUACAUCGCACUUUCCUCAGGUCUUGUUCGUUGGGUCCUCAGCGACGGUCGCGCGCCUGCUUUACCACAUCUCGUGCUUGCUGCUUGUCAGGAUCGGAGUUGCCGAACGCUCAGCCGAGGCGCAGGAAGCCCACUGCAGACAGAUAAGGCACGCUAUGGAUAUAUGCGGAAUUGCUUCGCAGGGUGAAGAUAAGUAUGGGACCCUAUUUCUCGAUCAAACCCCAUGA